CUUGAUCUUUUCAACUAUUCCUCUACACUUCAGAUCUGAGAAAUUUCUUUCUUUACUUCAGAUCUGAGAAAUUUCAUUCUCUCUGUUUCAAUGGAUUCCCAAGAUCGAGGGUUUUCACAAUUCCUGCACACAGCGGCCUCAUACAUCCCCGAUUCUUCUUCUCCGGAAAAGAAAACGGAAACGGAAACGGAAACGGCAACGGUGACGUCAGCAUCGUCGUUAGGGCACGGCAGGAAACCCCCGUCGGCUUCAGAAGCUCUGUCCAGCGCCAAAAUCAUUCUUGACGCCGCCGUAUCAAAGCUUCACAAAGCAGAGUCUGAGUCCGGCGGAGAUCAUCAGUUCGACAAAGCGAAGGUCGCCGCCGCCGCCUCCGAUGUUUUGGCGGCCGCCAAGCAUUACGGGAAGCUGGAUGAGAAUAAACACGGAAAAUAUAUGCAGAAGGCGGAGGAUUAUUUGAACAAAUACAGCGAGGGGAACCGUACCAGUAGCGGGGGCUCUGCUGUCCACGGUUCGCCGCCUCACUCAGCGUCACACAAUUCGACGCCUCACACUGCAUCGCACAAUUCGACGCCUCACACUGCAUCGCACAAUUCGACGCCUCACAGUUCAUCACAUUCGGCCUCUGAGAAUGAAGAGGACAACUAUGGCAAGUACCUCAAGACAGCAGGGGAUUUUCUGAACAAGUCGACGUCUCACAGUUCAUCACAUUCGGCCUCUGAGAAUGAAGAGGACAAGUAUGGCAAGUACUUAAAGACAGCAGGGGAUCUUCUGAACAAGUUUUAGGCAUGUAUUUUUAUUAAGGCUUUAGGGUUUUAUGUGUAUUGUUGCAGCUUUUAUUAUGUAUUUUUAUUUAAGCUUUAGGGUUUCAUGUGUAUUAUUGCAACAUUCUCAAUUUGAUUGGCCUUUUUAUGAAA